CCCCACGCUGCGCCUCUAGGGUCGCGCGGCCUGCUGGGAGUAGGCGAAGGGGGAGGGGACCCAAGCUGGCGCCAGCGUCGCGCGGAUGACGUCAUAGCGGCGCGACGCGGCGGCACGCUUAUGGCGCCCCAGGAGAUGGACGUCCAGCGGGCCUUGGAGCUGCUCCACAUGAGCGUCUUCUCCCAGAGCGUCUCGCCUUGCGGGAAGUACCUGGCAGCCGGCAACAGUUACGGGGAGAUCGGCAUCUUCAGCCUGUCGGCGGCGCUGAGUGCGGAGGCCAAAGAGGAGAGCAAGAAGCCGGUGGUGUGUUUCACAGCCCACAAUGGUCCCGUCUACGCGCUGACCUCCACGGACCGGCAGCUCCUCAGCGCCAGCGACGGGGAACUCAAGGCCUGGAAUUGGGCGGAGAUCGUUAAGAAGGGCUGCAAGGAAGCAUGGAGCCGGCGGCCCCCUUAUAGGAGUAGCCUGGAGGUGCCGGAAAUCAACAGCCUGCAGUUGAACCUCAAGGACAACAGCCUUCUGCUGGCUGGGGGUGACUGCACCGUGCACGCCAUGGACCUGGAGACAGGGGUCUUCACCCAUGCCCUGCGGGGCCACACCGACUACAUCCACUGCCUGGCACUGAGGGACCAGUUCCACGAGUGCCUCUCGGGCAGUGAGGACGGGUCCGUCCGUCACUGGGAUCUCCGCACCGGGGGGCAGGUACAAGCCAUCGAGGUGCACAAGUACGAGGAGUGCAGCCGGCCCCAGUAUGGGAAGUGGAUCCGUUGCCUGGCGACAGACUCUGAUUGGAUGGUGUGCGGAGGGGGCCCGGCACUGACCCUGUGGCACCUGCGCUCCGUGACGCCCACCACGGUCUUCCCACUCGCGCCUGCCCAGCACCAUGCCAUGUUCUACCAGGACCUGAUCCUCUGCGCGGGGCAGGGCCCCACCAUCUACCACCUCCAGCUGAGCGGUGACGUUCGGGCCCAGAUCCCCUGCUCCCCCCGGGCGCUCCACUCCCUCUGCCUCAACCAGCGCUCCCCUGAGCACAAGGUGCUGACAGCCGCUGGCAGCAGCCACAAGAUUGACGUCUUCACCAAUUUCGGCUACCGGGCCUUCUCCCUCGCCUUUGCAUAGUCCCGCCCCUGGGGGCAGGGUUCCCAAGCCCCACGCCCUGGGCGGUCCCUGACCCGCCCCUUUUCUGUGUGACACGGUUUUGUAAUAAAAAUAGUGAUGUUUUA